AGCUGAGUGAAGACUGAACCUCAUGCCAAAUGUGGUUUGAAUUUAGUUUCACAUAACUCAGCUAUGGUGGGUCGAAGUGCGUGAGUGUAUUUGGUUAAGUGUGUGUGUGUGCAGAGAGGGUGGAAAGAAAGAGAGCACCUGAGUGGAUUACUUCUUUAUUAGGAGAAGAUUUGACAGCAACACAUGACAUGCAUAGGUGCACCAGGAUGAGAUUUGGCCGGAUUAAAGGAUUACUUCUGACUUUUGCUGUGGUCGGGUCUCUUCUUUACCUCGUCUCCAUUCAGAGGGAGGUUCAUACACUAUCGGGGAGACGCCACAGGGCCCACGACAAUGACUCCAUCAGGGACCGGGGCAUGCUCAAGAGGAUGGGUAAGAUGGAAACAGACAUCGACACGCUGCUCAAUAUGAUGAAUAAACUUGAAAAGAAAGAAGUGGUGAAGCAGAACAUCGUAGAGGAGAAGAAGGAGAGGAAAGUGGUGAGGAAGCUGUACCCGAACUCGGCUCUGUUCCGCAAGUGGGGCGCUGAGCUGUCCGAGGAGGAGCAGAAGGAGGCCGAGAGUUUGUUUCAGAGAUACGGCUACAACGCCUUCCUCAGUGACCGGCUGCCCCUCAACAGAGAGAUCCCUGACACCAGGCCGUCCAGGUGUGCGGAGAAAAAGUACCCAGAGGAUCUGCCUUCCAUCAGCAUCGUGUUAAUCUACCUGGAUGAAGCUCUUUCUAUAAUCAAAAGGGCCGUCCGCAGCAUCAUCGACAAGACACCAGCUCGACUGCUGAAAGAAAUCAUACUGGUGGACGACCACAGCAGUAGUGAUGAUUUAAUGGACAAACUGGAUGAAUACAUCGACUUCAUCAACGAGGAGCAUAAAGACCUGGUGAAGAGAGUCAGGCACUCCAAGCGGCUCGGCCUCACCCAGGCCAGACUGUCGGGAUGGAAGGUGGCUGUGGGGGACGUGGUGGCCAUCUUGGACGCUCACAUAGAAGUCCAUUUACAAUGGGCAGAACCACUGUUAACUCGGAUCAAAGAGGACCGCACUGUGAUAUUGACACCAGUGUUUGACAACGUCAGAUAUGAUGACCUGACACUUAUUCCCUACAUACCUAGCGCGGAUGCCUUCAACUGGGCUCUGUGGUGCAUGUACGAGCGUUUCCGUCCCGAGUGGUACGCUUUAAAGGACGAUUCACAACCUGGAAAGAGCCCCUCCAUUAUGGGGAUUCUUGUAGCUGAUCGCAAGUUCUUCGGAGAAAUCGGAAGCCUCGAUGGUGGGAUGAAAGUAUAUGGUGGGGAAAAUGUGGAACUCGGCAUUCGGGUGUGGCUGUGCGGAGGAAGCAUAGAAGUCAUACCUUGCUCUAAAAUUGCUCACAUUGAACGGGCCACCAAGCCUUACAUCUCAGACUUGGGUAAGAUGGUGCGGCGUAAUGCUCUUAGAGUGGCAGAGGUGUGGCUAGAUGAAUAUAAAUACAACGUCAACAUUGCCUGGAACGUUCCCUUAGAAAAUCAUGGGAUAGACAUUGGUGACGUGUCAGAGCGGAAAAAGCUGAGAGAGAGUCUGAAUUGCAAACCCUUUAAAUGGUAUCUGGAUAACAUUUACCCCAUGCUCGACCCUCUGCACGACCUGCUAGGCUAUGGAGCGCUGAUUAGUGAUCUGAAGCCAGAUCUCUGCAUUGACCAAGGCCCAAUGCCCGGGAACACACCCAUUGUUUAUGGAUGCCACUACGCUUCACCUCAGCACUGUUUUUAUCGCACUGAUGGACAACUCUACAUCGGCGGAAUAAAAUCUCACAAGUACAACAGCAACCGCUGUCUGGUGGACCCCGGCACUGGAGUGUACCCGGGACUGUACCCGUGCAAAAUAGCCCUGCAGAAGAAAUUCCACCUACUGUGGGAUUUUAAACAGGACGGACCUAUCCAAAACAGAGAAACAAAGAGAUGCCUGGAGAUUGCGACGGCUGAAGACGGCGUCUACAUACUUGUUGUUCAGAGGUGCAGCGGUCAGCGCUGGAAAAUACAACAUCUCAUCAAAGGCCACAGUCUGGUGGGCGAGGCCCAGAAGACGAGAUGAUGAAUGAGCCAUUAUUGCACGGAAACGGCAUCUCGGUGAAACACCGGUUUGUCUUUUGGUAACUGUGCAAAGUAGUGAAAUUAAUUAUUGUUUUUGACAAAUAUAACAGCCCAGUCAAUCAAUAACAAAGAUACGGGAGUUCAAAUCGCUUAAAAGGUUGUAUAGAUGUUUGCUUUAUUGUUAUGACAGGAUGCGUUGUCCUGAGUGAUGUAAGAUGAAUGCGUCCCAUCUGUUCUGCCACAUGACCAGAGCCGUGUCCUUCAGAUGGGCUGGCAGCGAGCUGUACCUGCAGGCAGACACUCUGAAUCAGAACUCCUCCAACUACAGUGAUUAUUAUUGGAAAGGUUCAUUGUCGGCUAAAAAAAAAACUUAUAUGGGGAAAUGUACGUUUUCCCACCAUAAUGUAGAAAUCGCAUUCUUUUCUCGCUUCCUACAGCCUUUGAUUUCCAUUCUGAUAUGAAAAUCAAUCUGCUGACACUUAAAACUUUCUUGCAUCAUAAGAAGUUACAUGUGCAGCUUACAGUUUCAAGAAGUCUCUUGGUUGGUGCAUUCAGGGACACCCCCAACAUCCAAAGAUAAACAGUAAGCAAAUGUGAACAUUGUGUAAAAGCUAAGUUUUGAUUGUUUCUUGGAAUAAAAAUGUUGCUGUUCAGGGAGA